CACUUUUCUUGCCAAAUCUCAAUGGUAAUUUUUCCUUCUUUCAAAUACACAUAAAUAUGUAAGUAAUGUAUGUGUAGGUAAAAUACAUUUCUCCUUCUAUAAAUUACUUUUUAAUAAAUGAAAUUAGCUUUCAAGAAUCAUCUUCAAAUCCUUUAUUAUAUAAGUAGACAAUCCCCAUUUCUUAAAUUUGUAUAAUCUUUUCUUUUUUUCAAAUCUUGUUAUUUCAUUUCCAAAAAAAGAAGCAAUGCCAACCACUAACAAAUUAAGUUAAAAUCUCAAUCUUUAUUCUUCUAAAAAAAAAACUUACUCAAUGGGAAUGUCAGAAUUUCAUGUUUUGGCUGUUGAUGAUAGCUUAAUAGAUAGGAAGCUGAUUGAGAGGCUCUUUAAAAUCUCUUCUUGUCAAGUUACUAGUGUGGAUUCCGGAAGCAAAGCUUUAGAAUUUUUGGGGUUACAAGAACAUAACCAAAAUCCCAAUCCCCCUUGUGUUUCUCCUAAUGCCAAACAGAAUUUGCAGCAAGUGGAAGUAAAUCUUAUUAUCACAGACUAUUGUAUGCCUGGAAUGACAGGCUAUGAUUUGCUCAAGAAAAUUAAGGAAUCUUCAUCUUUGAAAAAUAUUCCAGUAGUCAUUAUGUCAUCUGAGAAUGUUCCUUCAAGAAUAAGUAGAUGCUUAGAAGAAGGGGCAGAAGAUUUUAUCUUGAAACCAGUAAGACUAGCUGAUGUCAAUAAGCUUAAAUCCCAUAUGAUGAAAACCAAAUGCAAAAGCUUUCAUAAACCUCAGAAAAUUGUCACAAAGGAAAAUCAAGAAUCACAAGAAAUUCAACCAAAAACGGAACAAAUUUUACAACAAUCUCAAGGCAAUAAUAAUAAGAGGAAGUCUAUGGAUCAACAAGGUUUAUCACCAGAGAGAACAAGGCCUAGAUACAACUACAAUAUGAUCUUAUGAUGUAAAUAGUUUUUUUAAUUAGACAAUUAACUUUAUUUUCAUCUCUUUAUAGUAUGUUUUUAGUUACAUUAUUUGGAUUUAUGAUAAAUGGAGAGAGGGAAAUAGAGGUAGGUGGAAUUGUUUCAUCUUAGUAAGAUGACAAUUCAUAACUGAAAAAGUGGUGUUUUUCUCAACACUUAAAUUUCUGUUUAAGUCUGGUAAAUCAUUGUUAAUUUGUUUGCCAAGAGAGGGUAGAGUGUAGAACGACUGUUUUCAAAAGGCCUCAACUCAAGUGCUAGAAAUCCAGAUAUAUAUAAAGAAGAAGAAAACAUAAUAGCUAACAAUAUAAGCAGGGCAAGCCUGCUAGUAAGGAAUAAGAACAUCAAAAUUAGUGCAAUAACUGAGACGCAAUAAAUAGAUAAUGAUAGAAAUCAAAAGCGAAGAACUAUAAGAAUACAACUAGUACAACGAUAGACAAAUAACCAACAUGAGCCCACAAAAAGUAAUUUUAACACUCCACUACAUAUAUAUACUAAGCUUCUACCCUAAUCAAUAUCUCCACACUCUCCUAUCUAAGGCCAUGUACUGGAUAAUCUAAAAGUACU